CUUCUAUCCAAGUAAAAAAAAAAAUUGAGGUCUUUUUUUUUUUUUUUUGGGUAAAAACGUAGUAUGAGUUUAUGAGAGAUGUUUCAUCUUUCUUAGUGUUGAUUAUUUUGAUUCAAUUCUUCCAUUUCUUCAGAAUUCUUGUAAGUGUUCACUGAUCAAGAUGAAAUCUUUAGUGUUGUUAGGACUGUUGGCUUUUUCUAUGUUAUGUGGAGGUGUUCUUGCUAAGGAGUGUACUAACACUAUUACUCAAUCACACACUUUUAGAUAUGAGUUAUUGUCUUCACACAAUGACACCUUAAAACAAGAGAUGUUUAGUCAUUACCAUUUGACUCCUACUGAUGAGUCAGCAUGGUCUAACUUGCUUCCUAGGAAGGUGUUGAGGGAGGAAGAAAAAUAUGAUUGGAUAAUGAUGUAUAAAAAGAUAAAGAAUUCUGGUGGUCUCAGGGAAAUUGAUGGUAUAUUGAAUGAGAUUUCACUCCAUGAUGUGAGAUUAGAACCUAAUUCAAUGUAUGGAGUUGCUCAGCAAACUAAUUUGGAGUACUUGUUAAUGUUGGAUGUUGAUAGAUUGGUUUGGAGUUUUAGGAAAACAGCUGGUCUUGACACUCCUGGUGAGCCAUAUGGAGGUUGGGAGAAACCAGAUAGCGAGGUUCGAGGUCAUUUUGUUGGUCAUUACCUUAGUGCCACAGCACAGAUGUGGGCCAGCACCCACAAUGACAGUCUUGGACAGAAAAUGUAUGCUGUUGUUUCUGCACUAUUUGCCUGCCAGGAAAAGAAUGGUGCAGGUUACCUUUCUGCCUUCCCAUCAGACUACUUUGAUCGCCUUGAAGCUAUACAACCGGUCUGGGCACCGUAUUAUACAAUUCACAAGAUAUUGGCAGGUCUUUUGGAUCAGUAUACUUUAGCAGGCAAUCCUCAUGCUUUGAACAUGACUACAUGGAUGGUUGAUUACUUCUACACUCGGGUGCAAAAUGUGAUUUCAAAGUAUACCAUUCAAAGGCACUGGGAUUCAUUAAAUGAAGAAUCUGGCGGCAUGAAUGAUGUUCUUUAUAGGCUGUACAGAAUAACGGGUAAUCCAAAGCACUUAACGUUGGCUCACCUUUUUGACAAACCAUGCUUUUUAGGGCGCUUAGCCGUAAAGGUUGAGGACCUAUCAGGUUUUCAUGCAAAUACGCACAUUCCAGUUGUUAUUGGAUCACAACUGCGUUAUGAAGUUACUGGGGAUCCACUUUUCAAGGAAAUUGGGAUAUACUUCAUGGAUAUUGUCAAUGCUUCCCACAGCUAUGCAACUGGAGGGACAUCAGCCAGUGAGCAUUGGUCAGAUCCGAAGAGGUUAGCAAGCACACUAAGCACAGAAAAUGAGGAAUCAUGUACUACCUAUAAUAUGCUGAAGGUUUCCCGCCACCUGUUCAGAUGGACCAAAGAAAUGGCAUAUGCUGAUUAUUACGAGCGAGCAUUAACAAAUGGUGUGCUCAGCAUCCAAAGGGGCAGAGAUCCUGGAGUGAUGAUAUAUAUGCUUCCUCUUGAACGUGGUGGUUCCAAAGCUCAGACCUUCCAUAAAUGGGGAUCGCCGUUUAAUGACUUCUGGUGUUGCUAUGGAACAGGGAUUGAAUCAUUCUCCAAAUUGGGAGAUUCUAUUUAUUUCGAAGAGAAAGGGAAUGCUCCUGGCCUCUACACUAUCCAGUAUAUAUCUAGCUCUCUCGAUUGGAAGUCUGGGCAAGUUGUGGUGAGUCAGAGCGUAAAGCCUGUUGUUUCGUGGGACAAUCGCCUUCGAGUGACAAUUACAGUGUCCUCAAAAGGGAAAGCAACUAGUGCACCAUCUACAUUGAAUCUGAGGAUACCAAGUUGGACGGAUUCAAGUAGUGCAAAAGCAUCCUUGAAUGGGAAGGAUUUAUCUCUACCUCCACCAGGUAACUUCCUAUCGAUCACCAAGGGUUGGGGCUCAGGUGAAAAAAUCAGCAUUGAGCUGCCAAUGAAUCUUAGCACAGAGGCCAUUAAAGAUGACCGUCCAGAAUAUGCAUCGAUACAGGCUAUUCUUUAUGGUCCAUACCUUCUUGCUGGCCAUUCUACUGGUGAUUGGGACAUUGAAACUAAAGCCACUUCUCUCUCAAAUUUGAUUACUCCAGUUCCAUCUGACUAUAAUUCUCAUUUAAUAUCUCUCACACAAGUAUCCGGUAAUGCAACAUUUGUUCUGACAACCACGAAUCACUCGACUCAAAUGGAGAAGUACCCUGAAGCCGGAACAGAUUCUGCUGUCCGUGCUACCUUCAGACUCAUCUCAAAUGACAAAGAAUCUGUCAAGCUAGUCAUGUUAGAGCCCUUUGAUUUCCCAGGAAUGCUCAUUACUCAUCAAGGACAUGAUUCUAGUCUCAAGAUCACACAUUCCUCAGAUGGCAAUGGGUCUUUGUUCCGUUUGUUUGCAGGAUUGGAUGGGAAAGAUGGGACAGUUUCUUUAGAAUCCGUUGCCCAAAAUGGUUGCUUCAUCUAUAGUGGUGUGGACUACAAAGACAUUUCAAGUGUCAAGCUUAACUGCACUUCAAAGUCCUUAGAUGCUGAAUUCAAACAGGCAACAAGCUUUAAGUUGGGAAAUGGGAUUACUCAGUACCAUCCUAUCAGCUUUGUGGCAAAAGGUGCUACCCGAAACUUUCUUUUGGCACCAUUAUUGAGCUUCAAAGAUGAAUCUUAUGCCGUGUAUUUCAAUAUUCAAUCAUAGUUGUGGUAAAAGGAGGUUGUUUCAAAUAACAGUAACACCAAUUAACCGAUCGUUUGGUUUAUAUUAACAAAAUUCCCAACUCCCAACAUGUUUUCGCAUAA